AUGGCACCUCUGUUUACAGCCGGCAUCCGGUUGCUGCUCUUGCGGGCGGUAGGCUUUCUCAUCGGCCUAAUAGGACGAGCGGCUAGAGCUUUAGGAGGCCCAAAGUUUGGCUCCAGGACCACCCGGCCGGUGACCGAACCACUGCUCCUGCUUUCUGGGGUGCAGCUGGCCAAACUGAUCCGACAAAGGAAGGUGAAAUGUACUGAUGUUGUUCAGGCUUAUAUCAACAGAAUCAAGGAUGUGAAUCCAAUGAUCAAUGGAAUUGUCAAGUACAGGUUUGAGGCAGCUAAGAAGGAGGCUUAUGCUGUAGAUCAAAAGCUUGCAGAGAAUCAGGAAGACGAAGCCACCCUGGAAAAGAAAUGGCCCUUCCUUGGGGUUCCUUUAACGGUCAAGGAAGCUUUCCAGCUACAAGGAAUGCCCAAUUCUUCUGGCCUUGUGAACCGCCGUGAUGCCAUUUCUAAAACAGAUGCCACUGUGGUGGCAUUGCUGAAGAAGGCUGGUGCCAUCCCCAUUGGCAUAACCAACUGCAGUGAGUUGUGCAUGUGGUAUGAAUCCAGUAACAAGAUCUAUGGAAGAUCCAACAACCCGUAUGAUUUACGGCACAUUGUAGGUGGAAGUUCUGGUGGUGAAGGCUGCACCUUGGCAGCUGCCUGCUCAGUGAUUGGUGUGGGCUCUGAUAUUGGUGGUAGUAUUCGUAUGCCUGCUUUCUUUAAUGGCAUAUUUGGACACAAGCCUUCCCCAGGUAAUGUCAGUAUGUUGGGAGGGGUCAUAAUGGUCACGGAAAGUGCCAUUUUAGUGGGUGCAUAUUUAUCAUAGGCAUGUCCCAAACUUUAGCCUAUUAAUCUCCUGUUGUAUGAUAUUUGUGUUGGUUCCAAAAUUUUAUUACAUUAAUGCUGUCGUCUAUUUCCUCUUUCUUAACUCUUUUAUUAUAUCUCAUAAUUAGACCCUGAGAGUGAAUUACUGGAAAUGGAAUUAUGGUUAACAUGCAUGAAUAUUUUAGAUCUCUUUUUGUACUAUUUUUUUCAGUGUUGUAGCUUCUCAGAAAUGUAACAACUGAAGUAUAUCGAUGCAUUUUGUUUAGUUGUUAUUCAAAAAGAUCUGAUUGAUUUACAUUUUCUUAAGCAAUGAGUGAAAAUCUCUCUUUUACUACAGUCUCAUGUAUAUAGGGAAUUAUUACUUGAAAAAAAACAUUUUAUUUUUUUAUAGAGAAAUGAACAUACUGCAUGCCCCUCAAACUACCAUGUGUUCAUUUUGAUAAUAAAAAUUCAGAGGCA